AUGACUGGGGCACAAGAAGAAGGUCUUGCGGAAUCUGUGAAUAAGGUAGAAAUUAUGGAACAAGAAGAUGGUGAAGUUAGCGAUGUGUCUAACUGUGAUGUGGCAAAUGACGAAGGUGAAAUAGUAGAUCAACAAACAAGCAAAGCAAGUCGCAAAGAGGAUAAUAUAUCGGCGAAGACAGAUAUUAAUGUUUCGAAAAAAACGGCUCUUGAAAAACUAAAGAAUAUGAGUUUUAGUUCCAGAUCGAAACUUCCUGUGCGGAGUUCGUCAGUGGAGCGACGAGAGAAAGAGAGAAGGGAACGACAAACUAUCACGACACCAAAACUGCAGCAUUCGCCGCGUCGCGACAAUGAUGAAGAGAGGCGGCAAAGAAAAAGACGUUGGGAAGAACAUAAUGAUGAGCAGGAGCGUCAACAAACACUUGUUGAAGAACGACCUAAACCGCUGAGAGAAGCUGUUGCAGCUGCCCAUAUGACCUCAUUGCCAGUAAAUAAACUUGUGGAACCAAUGCGUAUUAAUGAUCAGCCUCAUACGUUGCGCCAACGUGUCGAAAAAAUCAUCAGUGUUCAGGAGAGCGAGGCUAUUAAUAUGUCCGACAAAGAACUCAGAAAUUUAGUAGCACGAAUGUGUGAUCUCAGUAAGGAACAAGAGCGAUUGCAACGAGGUCGACAAACUCAGUAUGAGUAA